AUGCCGUUUGGAGGUAGUGAGACGGGAAAGAAAUCUGCUUCUUGUUCUCAAGGCGCUGAUUUUGUUCCCUUGUUCGGCUUCCAGGGCCGAGUCAAGUUUGAUCCUGGCAAUCUGCACACGUUUGAAGGGGCUGUCAAAAAGCUCCUUUCGCUGAAAAGCCACGACCAGAGCGAUAUGGUUCUUGUUCAAAUUGACCAAAAAACCAGGAAAGUUUUGCGGUCUUUCAACGCUGGCAUCCCCCUCGACCAUAACAGUGAUGCCGCCCAGUAUCUGGUCCAGAAUUCCGAGUCAACCACGGAGUGUGUGUGGUUCGUUCACCGCCAGGGGGAAGUCACCCCUACUGAGUGGGAGCCUGCUAAGAGUAGCUUUUUGAUCACUUUGGUGAGACUAAGCCAUAUCAGUAGCGAGGGCUACGAAGAUGUUGCGUACUUCAAGAUGCCUCCUCACUACGCGUUUUGCGGAGAGAAACUGCAGGGACACAAAUGGCCAUCUCGAAGACCUUGGGGUGCCAACCAGUACAUGCCAUUCCUCACUACCGCCCAGCAGGUCCUUGUAGGUCGACCAGACAACCCUGGAAGUGGUCACUAUGACGUUGUCAUAUCCAGCGAUGCCAGUCCUAUCAAAGAUUAUGCAAGACAAUGGAUGGAAGUCUUCAAGUCCAAAGUUCGAAAGCUGUAUGAAGGCAACCCUGAUAUCAAGUAUGACCCCGAGAAUGACUCUAUUCUUAUUGAGCCUUCUGUAUCAAAGGAAGCUUCUAGCAGCUGGCAUAAACCUCAAUUUGUCCUAAGAGCGAAUGCCCCCGAUGGUGAGUUAGCCAUGAUACGACGCCUUAUCGUUGCACAAGAAGUGCGUAUCACCAUUCUAAAAGAUGACGCCUCCGACUUCGUCAAACAGUUGGACAAGUCUCCGUGGGGACCUCGUUAUGGAGAGGUGGCCCGUUUCUGCCCAGAACUAGGCGUACCGUUGCUCAUACAACCUAGCAAUCACUUUCCCAAGCCUCCAAAUACUGAGAGGCGGCCGAAAUCAAAAGGGACGCGGGAGAGUUGCCAGGAGCCACGCGAAAAGACCUGGGAAAAGCAACCUAGUGUUUUUGACAAGGGAAUAUUUAACCCUGGCAUUCCCAUUAACGCACCGCCGAUUGAACAAGUCAUGAGGAUCGGAGGAAGCCGGAUGCCCAUGGUGGUCAAAAACGUGCUUACAGUGACAGAACAGCGAAAGCUACAAGACGACCUUUGGACAGUUCGCGGCAUGGUUCUCGACCGUCUCAACAAGUGUCCCUACGAGAAGUGCGACUUCAUCUGCCGCCUGAACAAGGAAGAAGAGCUUCUAAAGCAUCUGAAAGAGGCCCACAUUGGAGCAAAGUGUCCUUGGUGUGAUGUUCAGCUUUUCCUCCACUGGUCUCAAAAGCAAAAGAACGACCAUUUCAAGGUUGCGCACGCAGAUGAGUUCCGAAAGGUUAUAGAGGCACCAGAUGUAUCCCAUUCUGCUGUUUCUGCAAGACACCAUCCCGUAUCAUUAGCACGGGCUCGAAAUGCACGUGGAAACCACGAAACGGAGAUUCCUUCAUCGGCAAGCCUAUCCGGAUUUAGGAUCAUGGAACGGUCCAGGCCUGUAGCCGGACCGCUUCCUAGACUGAGCCCGCCAACCAAGGCCAACGGCAAGGAGUCCGAGUAUCGUUUCUGUGAUCGCUGUGGUCGUGAUCAUCACGCGCUCAGAAAUAAGUUGGAGCGUGAGCAUCAUGAUCGCCUCUGUGUUCCCCUCGCGGACGGAGCAGGGCGCUGUACGUUCUGCGAAAUGUGUGGUGAUAAUGUAUGGAACAGCAAGCACGAUGCAGAUGAACUGGCACCAUAUGACGAGUUUCCACAUCGGUGCAAGGGGACAUCUCACUCCAAGAAGCCACAUUGUGCCAAGUGCGGUUUCUCCCUAAGGAGUCUUGCGGACGAUGACAUUGACCGGCACCGGAAACACUGUGGAGGCUUCUUUGGAGACCUGGGCUGCUUUUGUCCAUACUGCCAAAUCAGUUUUGUCAAGGAUGGCGUGCAGGCGCCAAUAAAUGAUAUCAAGGAGCACAUUACCAGCUGCAACGCCAAGAAACCUCCAAACAUCACGCCAUUUGACAUCUACCCCCAAAGUUACUGGAAGGACAGGGACCUACCUGUAGAUCCAUUAUACGUCGGCGAAAAUACCACCAGAAGUUUGAUUAGAAAACAGCAGCAUCCCCGCGGCCCUUCUCGAUACUUGACUCAUCCUCUGCUGUGGCACGACAAACCCGGCCCAACUCCCGUUCAAGACCCUCCGUCUAAGCCCCAGGACGAGCGUGAGGCACAACCUGAACUUGGAGAAUGGGAAGAGCGGAAAUAUCAGGUGGCGCACAUGGAAUGCCAUGUCUAUCAGCUGUGGGACAUUCUGGCUGAGAAAAUGGUACCUCCGCCCGUUGUAGACCAAGCACCUUUUCAUCCAGGCCAUAGCCUAUGGGACCCAGACAACGAGAGCGCCUUGGACAGGCGUGACAAGCGGUGCCCGCACUUUGAAAAAUGCGGAGCCAUGGUAGGCUUCAUGAGCCAGCAGCAAUGGAAUGAUCAUAUGGAGAAGGCUCAUUCUUCCGAGGAUUUCGAAACUCGCGUUCGACAGGACAAUGCCGAUAUAGUGGGUGGAUUAGAGAAUCGGAUGCGACAGAGAAUCAAAGAGGGGAAGCAGCCUAUCCCGGGUAUGAUCCGUUCUGGCGCCUAUGGGAUGUCUGAUCAAAACGGGUCAACGGCUAUGGCUAAACAGCCCACAGGUGCUAACCGAGCCAGUGAUGCUGCUGGUCAACCUUCCAGGUCUUGUCCGGAAGCUAAUCAAGAGGAUGCCUCUCUUCAAGGAGGCUCAAGGAUGAGACCAGAACUUGUCGACUGCUCAGAGCUCAGGCGUCCUCCAGCUAGGGAACCCCAAACGAAUUUACUGACGGAGGUUCCUCAAGAUAAUGAGGGAAUAGAGGGAAGCAGCACAGCUGGGCAGUCGGGCAGUAAACUUGGAAGAACCGUUCCCAAAUCUUCUACGACCUUAAAGCCAAAGCCAAAACCAAAGCCUAAGCCAAAGCCAAAGGCGAAGGCAAAGGCCCAAAAACCCCCAAAUCCAGACUUUGUCCCGGACGAUGACAUGUACUGCUCACGAUGCUUCCGCAAGGCACCAAAGAGAGGUGGAAAAGCACCCAGAAGGGAUGAUCCAGAUAGGCAAACUCAAGUUAACGCUCAUUCGGACCCGGAACGUAGCUGCCGAAUACCCCCACAGGAAGGCCAAGUCAAGUAUGCCGACGACGGGAAGCCACUGCUACCAAGCAGGGUUGGAUGGAUUCGCAAAAGCAGAAAUUACACGUUCGCGCAGCUCAAGCAUGCCUUUAUCGCAGCACACCCUGAGCUGGAGAAGACCAUGUGUCCGACGGAUGGCCCCACGUCGCGGACCACGCAUCAUUGGCAGCAUGACCCGAAUAAUGACUCAAACAGCGAUAACUGGGGCCUCCCUCUGCCUCCUGGCAUGGAAGAUGGCGAAGAUGGCAGCGACAGUGACUACAUCUCUGAAAGAGAUGAUGAUGAAGGCACGGAUGGAGGAGAUGGGGAGGAAGAGGAAGACGUCAACGAGGUGGAGGAUGAGGACGAAAUGAAUGGGAAGGCGGGAAAACGAAGACGCAGAGCCCAUAAAGGUCCUGGCCUCCCGCACGACCCGACAUAUCGGGACAACGGAGAAGAGGAUGAUUUAAGCCAAGCUGAUUCAAACGAGUUGGUGCCAGAGUCGGACAACGAGGAGAACACAAACAGUCGCUCAUCCGGUGGGAAGCGAACGCACCUUGCAUGGGCCACAAGCUCCCCUAGGAGCAUCAUCCAGUCGCCAUUGGUCUUGAGACGAGCUGCCUCUACCACCGCAGCGAAGGCCGCGCCCGCCGUGCGUCUUAGUACAAGCUACUUUCUCUCCAAUGGCGUCUUGGAUCGCGCCAAUGCUCGCCCUCGACCCUCGGGGAGCCGUAGCUCUUCCGCCUCUGCCUCGAUAGCCUCGUCUGCCUCAUCAUCAUCAUCAUCCUCCUCCUCCGCCUCCACCUCCUCCUCCAACAUCCGCUCCGAGACGAUGCCGAUCGACGUAAACCACGAUCUCCCACAUCGUCGCCGCCAGGCCGCCAAACGUAAGGCCGACGCCGAAGCUUCCGCCGCCGCUCCACCCUCCUCUGAAGCUCCUCUUCCUCAAGAUGCCUCCUCAUCCCUUACUACCGUUGCUGCACGACAGCCCGCCAACUCCGCCCGCCGCAUCUUCUCGACUCUCUUAUCCCUCUCGAAGCCCCGCCUGUCGGCGCUCGUCGUCUUGACGGCAAUGGGCACCUACGCUCUAUACCCCGUGCCCGCCUUCCUCUCCCCCGCAGUCACCGAGUCGCCCUCGCUCAGCCCUCUGACGCUUCUGUUCUUGACCACCGGCACCGCGCUGUGCGCCGCUUCCGCCAACUCUCUCAACAUGCUGUACGAGCAUUCGACUGAUGCCAAGAUGACCCGCACGAGGAACCGUCCUCUGGUUAGAGGCCUGCUUUCCAAGAGGGCCGCCGUCAUGUUUGCCAUUGCCACAGCCGCCACCGGCGUUGGUGCGCUGUAUUUUGGCGUUAACCCGACUGUCGCAUUUCUUGGAGGCGCCAAUAUCGUCAUCUACGCCGGCAUGUAUACCCCGAUGAAGGCCAUGAGCGCUGCAAACACGUGGUUGGGUGCAGUUAAUGGCGGAAUUCCGCCGCUUAUGGGCUGGGCGGCUGCUGCCGGUGAAACCGCCUCGGGCGACGGAUCCUGGCGGGAACUGCUCCUUGCUAGUGACGGCAGCUCCAUUGGUGGCUGGCUCAUGGCCGGUCUCCUGUUUGCCUGGCAGUUUCCCCAUUUCAUGGCUCUGUCAUGGCCCAUUAGGGAAGAGUACAAGAAGGCCGGACUCAGGAUGCUUUCGUGGACCAACCCUGCUCGCAACGCGCGCGUGGCCCUCCGGUACAGCAUUGCUUUCAUCCCCCUCAGCGUGGCACUGUGCGCUGCCGGUGUCACGGAGUGGAGUUUUGCUGUAACAAGCUUGCCCGUCAACGGAUGGUUGUUAUGGGAGGCUGUGCGGUUCUGGAAGUACGAAGGCCACAAGGGCUCAGCAAGGGGCCUCUUCUGGGCCAGCGUCUGGCAUCUGCCUGUCGUUAUGGUUCUGGCACUGCUCCAGAAGAAGGGCAUGUGGGGCCGCGUAUGGAACAGUGUCAUGGGUAGCGACGACGAGGACGAGUGGGAGGACGAGUUGGAAGAAAUGCCUGUUGAGUUGCCUACUCCGCGCAAUAGAUAG